AUGUCUGAACUCCUACAGCUAAAACCUGAAGUGAUAGAAUCGCCAGAUCCCAUUAUAGCUUCGUCAUGGGAAACUGAAUUCAUUUAUUGGUUUAUCAAGGUCGUAAUUGAGAUCUUCUUCCGAGAGAUCUCGAUACGUGGCUCAUUCAAUAUUCCUGCCAAUGGUCCUGCUAUGGUUGUGAUUGCUCCACAUGCCAACCAGUUUUUGGAUGCUGGCGUAUCCAUGUACUCUGUUCAUGCUGCUACAGGCAGAUUAACACACUUCGUUGAGGCUGCUGUGUCGUUUCGUCAACGUGUCAUUGGUAGUUUAAGUAGAAUGGCAGGCUCCAUUCCCGUGGAAAGGGCCCAGGACUUACUGCGUACCAAACAAGGCUUAAUCAGGUUUAAGAACUACCCCGAUGAUGAGUUGACCAUCAUUGGUAGAGGCACUCAUUUUACCGUCGAUUGCCAGGUGAAGAGCCUUUUGGGCCUUCCUCACAGCGCAGGGAAUGUAAAAAUUGGCGAAAUAAUCAGCGACACAGAGCUCAAGUUCAGUACGCCCAUGAAAAAGGCUGGCGGUAUCAAAAUGCUACAGGACUUUGUUCCAUAUAAGACUGCUCCAAGAAUCGACAACCAUAAACUCUUCGAUACGGUAUUCAACAGGCUAAACGAAGGCGAUUUGAUAGCUAUCGCUCCUGAAGGUGGCUCUCAUGAUAGAACAGAUCUUCUUCCUUUGAAGCCCGGUGUCGCUAUUAUGGCACUAGGCGCUGCAGCUAAAUAUCCCGGUCUCAAGAUUCCAAUUGUGCCUUGUGGAUUGAACUACUUUCACGCACACAAGUUUCGUUCUCGUGCCGUCUUGGAGUUUGGUCGCCCAAUCAUAAUCGAUGACGAAUGGGCCGAGAAAUACAAGGAAGAUUCCAAGAAGACCGUGUCUGAAUUGAUGGAAAUCAUUACCGAUGCAAUGAAAGCUGUGACAACACAGUCUCCGGAUUAUGAGACGUUACAGGUAAUUCAAGCGGCAAGAAGGCUAUACUCGUAUGGGGGUUCUCGAUCCAAUAUACCAUUACCAAUUGUUGUUGAGAUAAAUCGAAACUUGUUGAUCGGUUAUAGCAAAUUCAAGGAUGAUCGGAAAAUUAGGCAUUUGAAAGACUCGGUUGUAAGAUACAACGAGAGACUCAACUACUACGGACUUACCGAUCACCAGAUGGAGAAUGCUUCCAAAGAUGUGCUUCACAACGCUAUAUUACUUUGUAAGCGUCUAGUUUUACUUGCCUAUUACACCACUUUGUCUCUUCCCGGAACUAUUCUAUUCUCACCGGUGUUUUACGCAUGUAAGAAGAUUUCUGCAAAGAAACAGAAAGAAGCACUUGCAAACUCCGUAGUGAAAAUUCAUGCUAAUGAUGUGUUAGGAUCAUGGAAGGUGAUGAUCGCUUUGGUUGUGGCUCCUAUAUGCUACUUUCUCUACUCUCUUUUGGGAACAUAUUUGAUGAACAAGUAUCAUUUACUGCCAUCAUUAACUGGUACUUCACUUGAUACUCUAUUAACAUUCACUUCCUCUUGGAUCAUUUUACUUUGUACCACGUAUGCCUCUCUUCGUCUGGGAGAAGAUGGCAUGGAUAUUGCCAAGUCAAUUAGACCCCUUGUCCUUUCAUUGUCUCCUGAAACCACUGAAUUAAAGGAACUUAACGCAGAGCGUGAAUCCUUAUCCCUGGAGGUAACUCAAGUUAUUAAUGAAUUGGGUCCCAAGGUAUUCCCCAAGUUUAAUCAACAGAGAUUGAAGGAACUCAGUGAAGAAGUGAAAGAAGAAAAUAGUACCAUAAAGAAAGGACGAGGUCAUAGCGGUGCUAGGUACCAUCGCCAUCAUCAUCGUCAUGCUGCCUCAUCUUCUUCAUCAUCAAUCUCGGGUGUAUCAACUACAACUUCAUCCACUGAAAGUCUCUUAUCAUCGGAUGGAACCCUUGUCAGAGAAAGAGCAGCUAGUACGUCCAGUUCCGUGUAUUCCGGAUUCAGUGAAUUUGAUAUGGAUGAGGAAGGUAAGGGUAGGAUGCCCAAUUUAUCACAUGUUUCGAUUUUCCCUGAUAAGCUUCAACUAAGCGAUGCAUCAUCGUCUAUAGACGUCGACUUGCAAGAUUUAGACAAGUCAUCGUUAGAGUCUGCUACUGGUUCAAAUGUUCACACAACAGCUAUUGAUUUGACUAGCAGGGUGCGAGAUGCUGUUUUUCAACGAAAUCAGGCCGGUACAGAUAACCAAGACAAGAAACCUUAA